AUGGCGCUCGUAGACACGCCAAAUCCUGUCACAAGCGAGGUAAUCAGCCAUUGCCUGCAGAUGCCAAGCGAGGCCGGAAGCUUCGGGCCUGCGAUCGAUGUUCCCGCAUCAAAUCUCAAUGCGAUGGGAAACUCCCUUGCGGUCAUUGCAAAGCGCGGAAGCUUGAAUGCACGGGCCCAAGUUGCUGAUACGCAACAGCCGCAGCUGUCGUUCUUCCUCAACUUCACGGGUCCACGAGGGGGCCAGGCGAUUGAGCAGGAGAUGGCCGCCGUGCCAGAAGUCGACAUUCAAGGUCCUUUCACCGACAAAACUCCCGGUCCAAGCGUAAUACCCGAAUAUGACGACUGCAUCGAUCCGUCACUUCUUUUCACAACCCUUUUGGACCCAGGUUUCGACGUGGACCCGACGGAGGCGGCACCUGCGGACGUGUUUGGGUACUCCGAGUACAAUGCUUCUGGCGGCCUGAACAUGCCAUCGUCCACCGACGCACUUGCCGUACGAAUCGCUCAACUUCAUGAAGAACUGCUGCAAGUUGCUUCGUUGGAUUUGGAACUUAGUUGCUUUGACCCCAUGUCAUUCAACGAGGUCUUCUCCGGUGACCAGGUUCAUACGUUCUGCAAAGCGUUCUCCCGGAAGCGGCAUUAUCAAUACCCAGUCGUACAUUGGCCAACCUUCAACCUCGAAACAACUUCCUUGCCUUUGCUGUUGGCGAUAUCUCUCAACGGCGCGGCCUACUCCAACUAUUCUUCUCAUGUCGCCGGGAGCAGAGCGAAGGCACAAGACUUCUAUCUCAUUGCAGACGCAUACAUCUUUCAACAACUAGAACGCUCCAUCAACAGCAAUCUCCGAGAGGCUGAAUUUGAGGCCACCGUCGAGAUACUUCAAGCUGCGUUGCUGAUCGUAGUCUUGCAGAUAUGUUUUGACGAGAGUCGAAAGGGAGUAAUAAUCUUCAAGCGUCUCCCGCUACUAGUAUUUUCCCUCCGGCACUUUGGACUCACUAGGAUGAAACACGACGAUGAGGAAGACUGGAGAACUUUCAUCCGACAAGAGACGCUGAUUCGUCUUUCCACGUGGACAUUCUUUAUGGACAGUCUGUUGACCUUGCUCUGCAACAGGCCACCGUCAAUGUCGCAUGCUGAGACGCUCGGGCAUCUUCCAUGUAAUCAGGCUUUAUGGGAUGCGGAAUCCGAAGAAACCUUCAUUCAGCUAAGGCUUGAGACUGGACACGAAUUCGUCUGUUUAGGAGAUUUGACAGUUGGGCUGAUGCAAAAUGAGUGGCCGAUUGAGCCAGUGCCCCCGUUUGAUCGACUCACCCUUCAUCACCUAAAUGCGGUCAUUGUUGCCUUACAACCGAUUAUCUUCAAUUUGCAUACAUUUCCGCUGCAUGACAUAAGAGGGAUCAAUUUGCUUCGGGCUCUCGAUCGGUGGACGACACUCUGGAACGCUGCAGCCCAUCAUAAACAGCCUGGAUCUCUAGGCGUUGAACGGAACAGCCCCGGUCUAGCACUGUUAUCAAGAAAAAUCAUUGAAGUCACUGGCACCGAUACGGCUGGGCAAUGCGAGUAUCUGCAACGCGUCCCGAAGCACGACUUCUCAGAUCUUCACCGCUUUAUCAGAGAAUACUGCUAG